AUAAUAAACGAUCUAAAAGUUAAUGCAAUAGUUAUAAUCGAUUAAACAAUAAACAAUAAUUCUAUUUUUUGAUAGAAAAAUAAUUAAAUGUAAACAAACGUACACAAUCAAUGACGUUUUUGUUAUAAAAAAAAGUUACAAAGUACGUAACGCUACUUUACGUUUAUUAUAAUUUCAUGUGUUUAAGCAUAGUUAACACUUGAAUGAAACAAGAUUUCUCUUAGGUAAUUCUACGUUACAGUUCAGUAGAUCCUUUCACAAAACGGAACACGAAUUUCAUUUCCACAUUUUUUGUGAAAAUAUGGAGAAUGAAAUAGAUACAAAUAAUAUUGAAAAAAUUGGAAAUGUACAAUAUGCAAAAGUUUGUGAUCAGAAGACUUGUUUUAAUAAAAAAUUAUCGGAAUUGCAUCCAAAUUUAAGUAAACAUCAGCUGAAGAAAGUAAAAAAAAAGGAAAAGUGGUUAACACGAAAGGUUGAGCGAAGAUUACGUGAACGAGAAAAAAUAAGACAAAAACGAGCGUUUGCUCGUGCAAAUAAUAUAGAUCUUGGACCAUCCAGGAAAGCUUUAAAGAAAAGCACAAUGGCAGAUAGCAAUUGUAAAAUUGGAAUAACUAUUGAUUUGUCUUUUGAUGAUUUAAUGAUUGAUAAGGAUAUUGCAAAAUUAACUAAACAGAUACUGAGGUGUUAUACUUUGAAUAGACGAGCUAUUGCACCAAUGCAAUUUUCUCUUACUAGUUUUAAUGGAAAAUCAAAAACCGAUAUGCAAAAGCACAAUGGAUAUGAACACUGGGAUGUAAAAUUUCAUGCAGAACCUUAUUUGGAUAUUUAUCCAAAGGAAAAAAUUAUAUAUCUUACUAGCGAAUCAGAAAAUGUAAUUACUCAGUUAGAACAUGAUUAUGUGUACGUUAUAGGUGGUCUUGUUGAUCAUAACAGUCAUAAAGGCCUUUGUCAUAAAUUAGCUUUGCAAGCUGGUGUGAGACAUGGCAGAUUACCUCUAGAUAAAUUUUUAAAUAUGAAGGCAAGGAAAGUUUUGACUGUUGAUCAUGUAUUUGAAAUUUUGCUUAGAGUUAGUGAAGGAAAAACGUGGCAAGAAGUCUUUCUGCAAGUUUUACCAGAAAGGAAGAAUGCACAAUUAAUUGUACCAUUAGAAGACAAUAAACAUACAUUUGAUAUUUACAAUGAUAAGAGAGAUAUUUUUCAUGUAAAUAGCAAGGUAGAAUCAAUUAAUGAAUUUAAAAGUAUAAAUAAUGUAUGUACAUAACAAAAAUAUGUUGUAGAUAAGAAAAUGUAA